AAAGGACGUUGGGAUAGCAAGCACAUCUCGUGGUGGGCGUAUGUACUUUUUGUUUCACUGCCUCCUGACAUUCCGUCGUUUUAAGCACCAACUGAAGUCGAGGCCAAACCCAUCCCUCACUGACCGUUACAGAGCUCCUGGCCUCAAAUUCGGCUUCACUGGCCAGGAUGUCGCCAUAACCUUUGGCGAACACACCUCUCCAGGUGUUCUCAUAGCCUUCCGAGUUGGAGGUCGUGAUUGGCAAUUCACCAACGUAACCGCCUCGUCAACUCACCACCUUGUCUCGCCAAACACACCGGGCCUCAAUGCCACCCUUCCAAAUCAACUACCCCUGACCUUCGAGCUCCGCGUCACAAACUGGGCUUAUGGAGUCCAAAUCUCUGCCGUGCACCUCUCCUCCACCAGUAAACUGAUCAAAAUCCCCAACUAUUCACGGACCAUCGAAUUCAUCGGCGACUCGCUCACCUCCGGCAUGUACGCCACCUACGAAGCAUUUAGCGGCUUUGGCUAUAACAUUGGCGCCGGCUUCGGCAAUGUCGAGUUCAGCAUCACUGCAUACCCUGGCAUCUGUCUGCACGACGCCAAUUGCUGGGGCAAUCCGCGAGGCCAAACGUACCAGUGGUUCCGCACGAGCGAUACCUCAUGGCGGGCUUCGCAGCUCUACGGCGACAAGCCGGAGAGGUGGGACUUCGCUGCUCAUCCAGCAGCUGAUAUCGUGGUGAUCAAUCUGGGGACUAACGAUAACAACACGGCAAACAAUGUCUCCAGCGAACAGUAUCUCUCCUCGUACAUGGAAUUCGUUCCCAAGAUCCACGAGGUAUGGCCUAAGGCGCAGAUUAUCCUCAUGUCCCUCUGGAACGGAUUCUACCAACAAGGGAAUACGUACAAGCAGGCUGGAGCGUGGCAGGAUGAGAUCUAUGCGGUGUAUAAGAAGUACGAGAGUGAGGGAUAUGUGCAUUAUUUCAAUAGUACGGGGAUCCUGCAGCACAAUGAUAUUGCGCCACAGUGGCAUCCAACGGAUGUGGGUCAUAUUAAGGUAUGUGGGCGUUGCUGGCAUGGAGAAGUGUAAGUGGAGAGGUUGAGGCUGACAAUAUCGACAGAUUGCGAGCCAUGUUAUGCAGUAUAUUCGCUUGAAGUUUGGAUGGGAGUUCGGUGCCGCCGGACCGGAGGUGCAGCACGAGACGUUGUACUGGAAUGACGAGUCU